UUAGAUCCAUUCACUGAAGGAAAAGCAUAGCUGAACAACUUGCUGAAAUGUGACUGUGGAGCAGGUGUUUAAUUUCUUCAUCCCAACUGAAGGACAGUUUCUUUUCAGAGGCAACUAAGAAAUGACAUAAUUCCAUUUCUGCGUUUCUGUAAUUCCUCCUAAUUCUUAGAGUCCUUCCAGUUACAUACCACAUAUCUGGAUGAAACAAUAUUACCCAGAGUUAUACAAGAUGACCUUAUGAUUGGGAAUUACAAAAUGAUGAUUACAGGAUACUGAAACAUUUUUUAAUAAGAAAAAAAAAUAUCAGGUCACCCAACUGUACAGGAUUUAAGAUCCCAGUGGCUGGAUGAUCACUUAGGCUGUCUCUUAUUCACAGUUCCUUCCAAGGAAAUUAGAAUUUGGGACACAAUGGAGAGAUUAUCCUCUUUGAGGACGAUUAUACAAUAUAAAAAAUAAAUACUGUCAGAAGGGUAACAGGUGGGUAAAAAAAAAAAAAAAAAAACGAUCCAAAUCCGCUCGGUGACAAGGCUUGCUGUCUGCCUGCCUGCCUGCCUUCGGCGUGCCGUCCGUCCCCUGCCGCCAGGCACCCCUGAAGCUUCCCCUCCACCACCGCUGUGCCUCGCCUUGGCUUCCCCCGCCGAGCGGCGGUUACCUCGGCCCGCAUCUCUGCGUAAUGACGCGCGGGAGGCAGGCGGGCCAGGAUGGGGAGAGGAGCGAAGAGGAGGGCGAGCGCGAAGGAGGUGGGCAAAGCACGAGAAGAGGAGGCGGAGAGGAGCCGAGCAAGCUUUUAAAGCGACAGCCGAGCCUCCCCUUCGCCCAGUGCUGAGCUGCGGCAGGAAAGGCAGCGCGGGCGGGCAGAGCGCCGACGGCAGCAGGCGCCGGACUGGACUCGACUCUCUUCCCCGCCUCGACGUUCUCCGCCCCCGGGGGAAUCCUCGCCGAUCGCAGGGGGGCGCGCGGAGGGACCCCGCCGGAUCGGGCGCUUCUCUUCACCCAGCCCUGCCCUGCCCUGCCCUGCCCUGCCCGCUCCUUGGCGUCCUCCUCCGCCGGCUCAGCCGCCUUCUCCGCUCUCGCCGGGCACCAUGCUCGGGCCGGGGCUCCGCGGGGUGCAGCCGCUGACUUUGCCGAAGUUGCCCUGCUGGUGCCUGCUGCUGGAGUGGCUGUGCUGGGCGGGGGCGCGGGGCCAGGAGAUGUACGCGCCGCACUCCAUCCGCCUGGAGGGGGACAUCACCCUGGGCGGCCUCUUCCCGGUGCACGCCCGGGGCUCGAGCGGCGUGCCUUGCGGGGACAUCCAGCAGCAGGACGGCGUCCACCGCCUGGAGGCCAUGCUCUACGCCCUGGACCAGAUCAACAGCGACCCCGAGCUGCUGCCCAACGUCACCCUGGGCGCCCGCAUCUUGGACACCUGCUCCCGGGACACCUACGCGCUGGAGCAGUCGCUCACCUUCGUCCAGGCGCUCAUCCAGAAGGACACCUCCGACGUGCGCUGCACCAACGGCGAGCCGCCCGUCUUCGUCAAGCCCGAGAAGGUGCUGGGGGUCAUCGGCGCCUCGGCCAGCUCCGUCUCCAUCAUGGUGGCCAACAUCCUCAGACUCUUCCAGAUACCCCAAAUCAGUUAUGCUUCAACUGCACCAGAGCUAAGUGAUGACCGGCGUUACGAUUUCUUCUCACGGGUUGUUCCUCCAGAUUCCUUCCAAGCACAGGCAAUGGUGGACAUUGUAAGAGCUUUGAGAUGGAACUAUGUUUCCACCUUGGCUUCUGAAGGCAGCUAUGGCGAAAAAGGCAUGGAAUCUUUUAUACAAAUUUCCAGAGAGUCAG